GGCUCUCCUCUCCAGAUGGAACUUCAGCCAAAGUCCCCACACCACCGGGGGCUUCCGACGGCUCCUCUCCGUCCGUCCUGGGGGCAGCGGCCGAGGAGCCCCUGAAGGCAGAAGAGGAGGCAGCCGCCGGCCGUGCCCUUGGCCCGCCACCGACCGCGUGGCAGACCUGCCGCCAGCCUUGCGGGGAGCUUUCGUGCCACGCCAUGAAGCUCCAGAACAGCCAGAGCUGGCCUGCUGGCCAGGGGGACCCUCUGGAGCCGUGGAGCAGCCACAGCAGCAAGGCAGCUGCUGCCUUCCUAGGAGAGGUGUGGGGCGCAGAGCAGGCCCAGGUGACUCUGAGGAAGCUUCUCACUUGGGUCAGCGACAUGGAGGAGCUCAUGGCCAACCAGAAGCCCCCUUCCUCUGAAGCCAAAGUGGUGAAGGCCCAGCUGCAGGAGCAAAAGCUUCUAAGGCGCCUGCUGGACGAGCGCAGGUCCCAUGUGGAAGGCCUCCUGCAGGAGAGACGGGCACCCUCUGAGCCCCCUGGCACCACAGACGGGCACGGAAGGGACGGAGGCCUUGCCAACCUUCAGGAGAAGUGGCAGGCGCUAAUCCAGGCGGCAGAAGCCAGGCACAGCUCCUUGGAGCAGAUCCUUCCUGCAGCUCACACCUUCCAGGAGUCUGUCGAUGUUUUCCAGGACUGGCUGGCCUCCACGGAGCGGAAGCUGGCUGAGCUGUGGAGAGCCAACGGCAGCCUCAGCCAGGCACAGGGAGCCCUCCAGCAAGUCCAGGACAUCUGUGAGGAAAUCCGGUCCAAGACGGCUGACCUGGAACGGGCUCUGGAGCACGGGCAGCGGCUUCUGGAGAUGGUGGCAGGAGAGGAAGCCCAUCUGGCCCAGGAGAAGAUGGACUCCCUGCGGAUGAGGUUCCUCCUCGUGGGCCAGAGCAACGCUGCCAUUCUGCACCGCCUGGAGCAGACCCUAGAGGCCUCCUGCCGGCUGGGCCCCACCGAGGAGGAUCUGGCCCUCUGGCUGGAGCGCUUAGAGAAGGAGCUGGUGCCGCAGGGGGGCCAGCCGGGGGGUGACGAUGACGGGACCCGCCAGCUCAGUGCUACAGACAGAGAGAAGUUUGAGCAGGUGUUGGGCUCCGAGAUGGACAAGGUGUCCCACCUGAGCACACACCUGGAGGAGCUGGGCCAGGUGCACCUGGAAGCGGAAGCCAUCCAGCAGCAGCUGGCCAAUCUGAAGCUCCUGUCGGCGGAGAUCUUGCACCACCACGGCCUCGUGGAACGGCUGGUGGCCAUCGCUGACCCACUGCUCAGCCUCUGCCCCCCAGAAGUGCAACAGCAGCUCCAGCCCUCGGUCCGGCCCUUGCAGGAGCGCUCGGAGCACCUCCUGCGCCAGAGCCUGGCCUGCACCCUGCGCCUGGAGCGUGCCCAGUCUCUGCUGGCGCAGUUCGCUGAGGCCCGUGAGGAGCUGUGCCCAUGGCUGGAGGAGACGCAGCGGGCAGUGGGACAGUUCUCCCCCGACGGCAUCAGCUGCGAGGCCUUCCGGGAGCACCAGGAGCUGCUGCAGGGUCUCCGAGAGGCCAUUGCAGAGCACAAGCCCCUGAUGUCCAAGCUGCAACGGCUGUCGGGGCAGCUGGCUGAGCUCAGCCCACAGGAGGCAGCCCCCUUCCAGCGGGGCUGGCAGGCGGCUGAGGAGCAGUACGGAAGCAUCCGGGAAAGGGUUCGCCAGGCAGCGGCUGUGCUGGAGGAGGCCAUCCCACGAUACAGCCAGCUGUCUGAGCGGAUGGAGCUGAUGGUGGAGAGCUUGGAGAGGCUGCAGAGCCGCACGAGGGACCCCCCUGCGGUGCGGGGAGACUCUGCCUGGCUCCGGGAGCAGAUCCGGGAGAACGGCCUCCGGCUGGCGGAGCUGGAGAAGCUGGGAGUGGCUCUGGAGACCCUCCGCGGGCAGGGGGCUGAAUUGCUGGCCACCAUGCAGGCAAGCGGAAACAGAGGGAUCCAGGAGCGUGUGGAGCAGCUGCUGAGACAGUGGAAGGCGCUUUGGGAGCAGAGCGAGGAGAGGGAGAACUGGCUGCAGGGCCUGCUGGUGCUGGCCGACCGCUUCUGGCAGGGCUUCUCGGACCUCUCUGCCACCCUCGGAGACAUCCAGCAGGUGGUGCUGGAGCCAGAGGAGGCCGCCUCGGACCCCAAGGCCAUCCAGGCCAGGCUUGGGGCCAUGCAGGCCCUGCGAGAAGAGAUCGACUCCCUGCAGAGCGAGCUGGACUCCUUGGGCGUCCUGGGCAUGGAGCUGAUGUCAUCCUGUGGAGAUCUGGACAAACCAGACGUCACCAAGAGCCUAGAUGAUCUCUACUCUUCUUGGAACAGCCUGAGCAAGGUGUGGGGCGAACGCCGGACCCGCCUAGAGGAGCAGCUGCAGGCCUCACUCAACUACCAGCAGACCAUGGAGAGGCUCCUGAGCUGGCUGGAGGCGGCUGAGUUGAGGAUUGCAGAGGAGUUUUUGGUCGGGGGGGACCUGGACCUGAUCAAGCUGCAGCUUUCAGAGCUCAAGGAUUUCAAGCGAGAGCUAUACCAGGUCAAGGUGGAUGUAGAAAGCCUGAGGCACCCAGUGAGCCCCAGGGGGGCCAACAUCAGGGGGGGGCCCAGCUCUCUCUGCAGCUUCCGCGACCGCUGGAACUGGCUGGAGGAGGAAAUUGUGAAGCGGCAGCAUCGCCUGGAAGCCGCCCUCCUGGGUCUGGGUCAGUUCCAGAACCAGCUGGAGGAGCUCCUGCAGUGGCUCCUUCGCACCACAGAGCAGCUGGAGACCCCCACUGCCCUCAGCCUGGACCUGCAGAGCUGUGAGAUUGAGCUGGCAAAGCACAAGGUGCUGCGGAAUGAUGUCAUCUCUCGCACCCGGACCGUCCAGUCUGUGAGAGAGGCCGGGGAGGCCCUGGUGCUCUCUGGGGCAGGAGACUCGGUGGAGGGGCUCCAGGGCAGCCUCCAGCAGCUGGGCCAGCGCUGGGACUUCCUCCUGAGCGAGACGGAGAGCCGGCAGCUGGAGCUGGAGAACAACCUCAGCCAGGUGCAGGAUCUGACCUUGGAGAUCACAGAGCUGCUCCGGUGGCUGGAACACGUGGAGCUCCAGCUCUUUUUCUCCAAGCCUGGCUGGGAUCACCCAGAUACCACCAAGGACAAGCUGGCAACGCAUCUGGAGUUGUGCCGAGAGAUGGAGUCCAAGCAGCAGACAUACCACAGUGUCCGGGAGCAGCUCCAGCGCCUGCUGGCCACUAGCCACCCUCCACGGGCUUCCAGCAUGGAGCACAGCCUGAGCAUCCUAGAGCAGAAGUGGGUCAGCGUUGCCAGCCUGGUGCAGGAGCGGAAGGAGCAGCUCAGCGAAGGGCUGACGGUCAGCACCGAGUUCCACUCCACGGCCCAGGAGCUGCUGCAGUGGGUGGGGAGGACAGAAGAGGCCCUGGUGGGGCUGCCCCCACCCAGCUAUGUCCUGGAAACCGUCACCAGCCAAAUCCAGGAGCAGAAGGCCCUGGCCAAGGAGACCCAGGCGCAGAGCGAGAAGCUGGCUGGCCUGGAGGCAGUUGGCAGGCGCAUGAAGGACUUCAGCCGGAAGCAGGACUGCGGCCUCAUCCACAGCCUGGUGCUGACCGCCAAGGAACGGCUGGCCAAGGUGGCACAGCAUGUGGGCGAGAGGGGGGGCCAGCUAGAGGAGGCACGCAAGCGCACCAAGCAGUUCAGCGAGUCUUGGCAGCUGCUCCUGGACUGGCUGGAUGAGGUGGAGCCUGACCUGGAGGAGACCAGCAAUGCUGCCUUGAGCCAGGAAGAGAUCAAGAGCCUCCUGGAGGAACACAAAGAGUUCCAGAAGGGACUGCGUGCCAAGCGCCCGGUCUAUGAGGCCACCUUGCGGAGUGGGCGCCUCCUCCGGGAGAAGGCCCUGCUGCCUGACGACACCCAAACCCUGGAGGAGAUGCUGGGGGAGCUGAGGGGCCGGUGGGAGGCCAUCUGUGGCCGGGCGGCUGAGAGGCAGCGCAAGCUGGAGGAAGGUCUGCUCUUCUCAGGCCGCUUCACAGAUGCUCUGCAGACCCUCAUGGACUGGCUGUACCGGGCUGAGCCCCAGCUGGCUGAGGAGACCCCUGUGGGUGGGGACAGGGACCUGGUCAGUGCCCUCAUGGACAAGCACAAGGUCUUCCAGAAGGAGCUGGGCCAGAGAGCCAGUUGCAUCAAGGCGCUGAGGCGCUCCCUGCGGGACCUGAUGCGCGGCGGCAGUGGUGGCGCCGGAGACUCCCAGUGGCUCCAGAGCCAGGUGGAAGAGCUCAGCCACCGCUGGGAGCUCGUCUGCCAGCUCUCCGUCUCCAAGCAGGACCGGCUGGAGGCUGCCCUGCGGCAGGCCGAGGAGUUCCAUGCCCUAGUGAACUCCUUCCUGGGCUGCCUGACUGAGCUGGAGAAGUCCAUCAAGUUUGGUGCCCUCCCGUCAGAGGAGGCCGCUGUGCAGGAGUGCCAGAGCCAGCUCCAGGAUCUGAGGCAGAGCCUCCAGUGUCAGCAACUGCAGCUGGAGUGCAUCAGCUCCCUGGGGGAUGAGAUUCUCAGCACCUCCCACCCGGACUCUGUCAUCACCAUCCGGUCGUGGGUCACCGUCGCCAGGAGUCGCUAUGAGGAGGUGCUGAGCUGGGCCCAGCAGCAGGAGGAGCGGCUGCAGGUGCAGGCGGCCUCUCUGGCCACGGAGCGGGAGGAAGUGGCGCGGCUCAUGGACUGGAUCACGGCCGCUGAGGAGGCCUUGAGCCUGCGGGACGAGGAGCCCCUCCCAGAAGAUGCGGAGCAGCUGGAGGAGCUCAGCGCCCAGCACGGGGUGUUCAUGGAGGAGCUGACCCACAAGCAGCCAGAUGUGGAGAGGGUCACCAAGAGCUGCAAGCGCAAGACAGCCCCUGAGGCCGGGGGGGUCGCCCCUGGCUCCCGCAAGCUGCCUUCCCGGCGGCGCAGCGCCAGGAAGCUCUCUCCCAGGGCUCGGCCUGUACCCCUCGAGGACCUGGCGCCCCAGAGCCCUCUCCUGGCCCAGCUGGUGCAGCGCUGGCAGCAGCUGUGGCUCUUGGCCCUCGACCGCCAGUACCGGCUCCAGAAUGCCCAGCAGCGCCAGCGAGAGCUGGAGGAGUUUGCCCACUUUGACUUCUCGGUCUGGCGAAAGCGGUACAUGCAGUGGAUUAGCCAGAUGAAAUCUCGCAUCCUGGACAUCUUCCGGGGCAUUGACCGGGACCAGGAUGGGCGCAUCACCCAGCAGGAGUUCAUCGAGAGCGUCCUCUCCUCUAAAUUCCCCACCAACCCGCUGGAGAUGAGCGCUGUGGCCGGCAUCUUUGACCUGAACAGGGAUGGCUUCAUUGACUACUACGAGUUUGUGAGUGCUCUGCACCCCAGUCGGGACAUCCUGCGCAGGGCAGCUGAUGCGGACCAGAUCCAGGACGAGGUGAACAGGCAGGUGGCUCAGUGCAACUGUGAGAAGCGUUUCCAGGUGGAGCAGAUCAGUGCCAACCGGUACAGAUUUGGGGAGUCACAGCAGCUGCGCAUGGUCCGCAUCCUGCGGAGCACCCUGAUGGUGCGUGUGGGCGGAGGCUGGAUCGCCCUGGAUGAGUUCCUGGUGAAGAACGACCCUUGCAGAGUGAAGGGAAGGACGAACCUCAAGAUCAACGAGAAAUACCUGACGCCAGACCCUGCGGGGGGCAAAGGGGGCAGCUCUCAGUCCGCAGCCUCCGCCUCCAAGGCGCUGGCUCCCCCCAGCCGCUCCAAUUCCAGUCUCAGCCUCUACAGCAGUGCCUCAGCCCCCAGCAGCCCCCUCACCAGGAAGUCUGUCCUGCGCAGGACACGCUCCGGGGAUCGGUGCUUCCACUCCCGCAGCUCUCUGGUGACGGACGGGGUGGAGAUGACCUUUGCCGGAGGAGGAGGAGCCUCUGAGUGUGGAGGAGGAGCCGGGGCGGAGCCUGAGGCUGAGCCCCCGCCAGAGCCCCCCGGAGGUCCCCCGCCCUGAAGGAUGCAGCCUCUG